UUGAAAUUUUUUGAUCCGUCCGAGAGACCUAUAAAUGCUAGAACACCCAACCCAAAUGAGUGAGACUCCUUGACUAAAGAAACCUUUCAAGAGCAACAUCUCCUCCUCUUCUUUCUCCUCGCAUUCCACCACUGAAGAAGGAAGGUUUGGAUAUACUACUAUUCCUUGGAUUUCAUCAUAUCAAACAAUCAACAUCUGAAUUUGUUCAUUAGAAGAAUUUGUCAUGAUCCCUUAGAUUUUAUUUCUAUAGUUCUGUACAUAACGAAGAUCCUGAAAAUCCCAAAACCAUGAAAGAUGUAGAAUCUGCUAGGAUUUUGUUACACUCCAUGAAGAACCAAAGUUCCAUUCUUGGUUGGCUGACAAAACUCAUGGCGUCCGUGAUUCUCGUUUCCUUCAUCACCUGCGUUAUUUACUACAUAAAGUUAUUGUGCCCCUUGGCCAUAUACAUCGAGACCCCUCUUCACAUCCAUGAUCUAGAAAAAUCUUCAUCAUCAUCAUCAUCGUCAUCGUCUCUGCAGACACAAUCUUACUCUAGUCAAAACAAGUCGAACAUCAGAGGAGUACAAGAGUCAGAAAACCCUGGAAAAACGCAGCUCCAUCACAUUGUUUUCGGCAUUGCAGCUUCAUCCCAUCUAUGGAGUCAACGAAAGAACUACGUAAAAUUAUGGUGGAGGCCGGGGGAGACGAGAGGGUUUGUUUGGCUCGACAAGACCGUAAGUACAGGUACUGAGGAUGACAAUUCUCUUCCAACCUUAAAAUUGUCGAGCGACACCACCAAAUUCAGGUACAAGAAUACGGAAGGUGAUCGAUCAGCAUUACGUUUAACCCGGAUUGUAUCUGAAACAUUAAGGCUGGGAUUGGAGGAUGUUAGGUGGAUUGUGAUGGGGGAUGACGAUACAUUCUUUGUUGCUGAUAAUCUUGUUAGAGUUUUAUCCAAGUAUGAUCAUAAUCAGUUCUAUUAUAUUGGUAGCAAUUCAGAGAGCCAUUUGCAGAACAUUAGAUUUUCGUACAACAUGGCUUAUGGUGGUGGAGGUUUUGCCAUAAGCUAUCCCCUGGCCAAAGCUCUGGAAAAAAUUCAGGACAAUUGCAUACAAAGGUACCCGGAAUUGUACGGUUCAGAUGAUAGAGUCCAUGCUUGUUUGGCUGAACUUGGAGUCCCCCUGACCAAGGAGCUUGGAUUUCACCAGUUCGACUUGUUUGGCAAUGUGUUUGGCAUCUUGGCAGCACAUCCAAUUGCACCCCUAGUCUCUCUCCACCAUCUAGACUUGAUUCUGCCCAUCUUCCCAAAUGUAAACCAAGUUGAAGCGCUGCAGAGAUUGAAGGUGCCGAUGGAACUGGACUCUGCAGCGCUAGCGCAGCAAUCAAUAUGCUAUGACAAUGCUAGAAACUGGACUAUUUCGGUCUCAUGGGGUUAUGCUGUCCAGAUUAUCCGGGGUGUCGUCACCCCGAGGGAGAUGGAAUUGCCAGCAAGAAGCUUUGUCAACUGGUACAAAAGGGCCGAUGAAACUGGAUUCACCUUCAACACUCGAUCUCUCAACAAAAAUUCUUGCCAGAGACCCGCGGUGUAUACAUUGUCUGCGGCUCAUUACAAUCCUUUGACCAAUCAAACUGUUAGCCAAUAUGUCUACUACAAAAAAUCAGGUCAUCAGUGUGAAUGGAAGAUGGCUAAUCCUUCACAAAUUCGUAAGGUGGAAGUUUAUCAGAAGCCUAAUCCGUUCCUUUGGGAUAAGUCUCCUAGAAGAAAUUGCUGCAGACUUUUGGCUUCAGAAAAGAAAGAUACCAUGAUAAUUGAUGUUGGUGAAUGUGUAGAAGACGAAAUCAUUGAAAUGUAUAGCAGGAUAUGAACUAAACAACUUUAUUACUAUUAUUUUCACUUGCUGUGGUGGUGAUCCCAACACUCGAUACGUCGGCAUGCAAGUGCAUAAUGUUUCACAUUAAUGGCUCGAGACAAGAUCCUUCCCAAGUGUAAAAAAAAAAAAAAAAAAAAAAAAAAAAAAAA